CUGUCACCCCACUGUUGGUGUUGUAUUGUGAAAGUUGGUUGUAAACCAUCCCUCACAAAGUGGGGAACAAGAAUAAGUUUGCCUACUGUGUCCAGUCGGUGUGAUCGGCCACCGAUCGUGAAUGCCGCUUGUAUGGUGUGGUGUAAUGAAUUCAGCCGGAAGUCCAGUCAUUUCGUGGCGUUUACUUCUAAAAUUGUGGCGUAUACUUGGCCGAAAGUCGUGUCUUCUGAGCCUAAAAAGACCGACCAUCCUGUGAAGGCAGACCUUUUGACCUUUAUCUCUGUUGAGUUAGCUCAGGGGUUAAGGCACGAACCUACUGGUCGAAAGAGUGGCUUCCGGAAAUCUCCACCUGACGAAGGCAAAUGGCGACCCCCCCUCACUUCCACCUUCCUUGAGGACGUUUGUCCAGCAUUUGUAAACUACGAAGAAAUGAACAUACCUGCUGCAAAACAUGACACUAAUCCGACCGAAUUCUUUGUGUUACCUCGGUUCUUGACUAAAUUCAGUCGAGUGAUCGCCUCUGGACGUAACUUAGAUUGUCUGACGAUACACGUCCUUAGGCUGGCAGUG